GAUGUCUUGCGUGCGGGCAACAAAAAUAGUUGUCACAUUACUGUUUUUAUGUGGUUUCAUCCCUACAACGCUUUUCGCUCUUCAAACUCGGAGCACGUUGCUGGCUGGAAAUUUCACAGCAGGUGAUGUUUUAGAGAUUCGUAUCCAACAAGCCACCGAAAUGAACACAGAGGGCAGAAAGAACGACACAGUGGGACAAGUAAUAUCCCCACACCAGAUCAAGCACACCGAUAGUUUAAAACAGAGCCGACCUUCAGAACAAAGACAUUUAGAAGACUCGGGUAAAAUGCGCGUGCAAUCAAGAUCUUGGAUCAGACCGCGAGGAACGAUGACGCACAGAAAAAGAUCACUCGACAGCGAUUACCAGUCAGACUUCACAGGACAUGAUAACGCGAAGAAAGCGUUUGUUUACUCUCCAACUGGCCCAGAUGUACAAACCGGGGACAAGUGGCAGUCCAUGAGACCGACAGUUGAAUGCGCUGGCACCGCGAUGACGCUCACCGCUCAGGGAAGAGGUUACACGAAUCUGCUGGUAGACCGAGAGGGCUCGCCGCCCUUGUCUCUCUUCCACUUGCCACCCCACUGUGGCUACAACAUGAAGUACACAUGGAGGGAUCUCACCCUGAAGGUGCCCUAUGAUGGAUGCUACAUCGUCCAGGAGAAUGGUCAAUACGUGCUUCCUCUGUUGUGGAGGGGCAGCCCAGUGAAGAUCUCUUGCCCGGUGGCCUCCAUCCCUGACCUCCUCUGCUCCCCAGCUGGGAUGGUGCUGAAGAUCACCGGAGCGAAGGAUGGAGAACAGACGCUGAAGGCCAAAGUGGGGGAUCAGCAGGUGACCCUGGUGUCUGCCACGUGUGCGCAUCACAUGGAGUCGUCUCCUGAGGAACCGGUCUACUUCAUCCCUUACACAGCACCCUGUGUCACUAUGAAGGAUGGCCAGAGCAUAAUCACCGUUGUCGUCGGGGCAACAGAGUUCACUAUGGCCUGCCCAGUCCCCAUGGCAGCCUUGCAUUUGUCUCCACCAUCAUCUUCCACGAACAAUCCAGAUGUGCAGCAGGAAACUCAACCUCUUCCAUCAAAAGUGACAUCACCACCACCACCAGUGGCACAAUCGCCUCAGUUGCAUAGCUUCCCCUCAGAUCCGGCUCUUGUGUCAAUCCCCGCUCAUCACAUACCUCUCCUCAAUCCAGACUUCCACUGGAACUUGAGGGGAGUCAGCCACUCGGGGAGUCAGCCACUGCCAGUUGUGCCCACACAACCUUCAACCCCAGAGGAGGUCACGACCUCUCCACCAGCUCUUGGUUCCCAUCAUCCCAUGUGGCUCCACUUUCUCCCUCACCCCGGAUCUCAGUCUCACUCUUCUGACCCUGCGCCUUCAAAUUCUGACCAUGGAGUUGAGGUGCCCUUCCCAUACCAUCACAUGGGGAUACAGUUCCCCCAUCACCCUCCUACCUCACCUCCACACCAUCAGAAGCCGGCUCCGGUUCCAGUUCCAGAACCUGGUUCCCAAACCAAAGUUCCUGUUCCGGAAUCUGGUUCACAGUCACAAGUUCCUUUGGGUCUCCCUACCGGGUAUCAUGGUAUCAUGAUGCCCUUCCUCUAUCCAUAUAUGGGCGAGCAAAAGCCUGUACAUCCUGAUGCCGAACAAACUACUGGAACUCCCCCAGUUGCCCCUUCACCUCCUCAGAAACCAGGUCCAGCUCCUAGUGCACAGUCAGAGUCAAAACUUCCGCCGGGUCUCCCAAUGGGGCCUCACGGUCUCCUCAUGCCCUACAUGUUACCUGUUGACUCCCAACAGAUCUCUUCCAAGCAACCAUACGUUGGUCCAGUACAAUACCCAAACUACCUCAUGAAUUUCCCUUAUGGGCCCUACUGGGACCACCAGAAGACUGUUCCAACUGCUCCUCCUACCACUACCACCACCACCCCUACUCCCACAACACCACCUCCCAAAAUACUGGGGCCUCCCGGUGUCCGUCCACCCAAUCAGCAACAAACUCACGACUGGUAUUACUAUUUACAUCCCAAUCUCGUACAGCCCCCAGCAGUGCCACCAAUAGUCAUGGACACCUCCCCCGUUCCCGGUCCACAUCAACCACCCAAGCAGCUGCCCUUUGACCCCUCCAAGCACCCCUACUACAUGCAUCCACAUUUACCAUUCCACCAGCAACCCCAGCAACCUGCUCCAACCCCUCCACCCACAGAACCUACCAAGGUCCAGGACCCAGUCCAGCCCGGGAACCCUUUCCUGCAUUGGCUACAACAGUACCACCAGCAACCUGUGCAGAAACCUGUAGCACCACCUCCACCCACAGAACCUACCAAGGUCCAGGAGCCAAUGAUGCCUCCUGGCAAGCCUGCUCAACCGCCAAGUAAAACGGAUGGGCAGCUACCACAAAGUCCCUUCAUCGUUUACUGGCCAGAUAUACCAUUCACAGUAGCGCCACCAGAGCGUAGACUCACCACCCCGACCGCAGCCACUGUAUCCAUUGACACUUUGGAGAAACAACCAGUUGCUGCACCGGUUCCCUCACCCGGCGGACACCAGCAGAGUCCGAUGUUGUAUUAUCCUCCGUUUCAAGCACCGUUUCCCGUGCCAGUGUGUCCGCCCAAUUCAGCCCUAACGUGUACUGGUUACCCUUACACACAACCUACUACCGGAGCACCACAGAUGACGACGACUGCUGCUGAUGGGGGUCAGUCAUUGAUUUGGGGUCCACCUGAGAUGGUGUCACCCAUCGACAGUGGCAAGCCACAGCUACCACAACCACCAAUUGCACCCCCAACCAGUCCGGCGACACCGAGGUUUGAGCCUCCCAAAGGCGCGGAUGCUGAGGUAUUGCUCCCCACGCCUGGUGCACCGGUGCCGGCGAAAGUUUCUCCAACGCUCUCUUGCGAGGCCGACUUUAUGGUAGUUUUGUUGCCCAACGCCGAUAAGGACUCCGUCCACGUUAAAGAGCUGAGGAGCAGCUGGGUACCGGUCUCGUCCGCCCCCCUCAGCUGCCAGUAUGAGCUCCGCACAGCUCCCAGCGGCGUGGUGCUCUCCACCCCACUCCCUGCCUGCCACUCUCGGCAACCUGAGGAGCCCUAUGUCCUGUCGCUGCCACUCAAGUUCUGGGACCUCACGCUGGGUCGGUACCGCUUCAUGGACCUCCGAUGCCCGUUCAUUGACGUCCUCCCCACGGCGAAACCCAUGCCACCACCCACGGCUAAACCCAUGCCACCGCCUACUAUGGCGCCGCCCAUCACCACCACUACAGCUAGUGGCCAGAAGACGGUCUUCCCUCCCGGGCCCCCUGGUGGCCAAGUGACGAUUUUUCCACCUGUACCCACAACUGCAGGUGGUCAGAAGACUGUCUUCCCACCGAUACCUACAAGCGGUGGCCAGGUAACGCUCUUUCCACCCAUGCCUACCACUGGAGGCCAGGUGACUCUCUACCCUCCCAUCCCCACGGCGACGCCUCUCCCCAGGCCUGAGGUUCUCUGCUCCACAGAGCACAUGACUGUAGCACUUCCACCUGGACCCUUGUCUGCGUUGGUGGUUAGAGAUUUGGAAGGAAAUGAGGUGAGGGUGGAAAAUGCCCCAGUGCACUGUGGGUAUAAAGUCAGGGUGGGCAAGAGCGGCCAUAUCACAGUCAUCCUGCCGUACAACACCUGCCACGUCAAGAUCAAGGAUAAUCGUUGGAGCGUGGAGUUGAAGUAUCAGCUGUUUGACGGCAGCAGAGGACGUGCCACACUAUCAUGUCCUCACGCCACCCCUCCCCCCACUCCAGGCCCUAAGUGUGAUGUCCCCAGUGAUAGGCAGGUGGCCUGCUCCUCUGCGCCAGUGUCCCCAUCGGAGUGCCACUAUCUGGGCUGCUGCUACUCCCACCUGACCCACACCUGCUACUACCCCAUGGAUGAAUGCACAGCUGACGGACAUUUUGUCUUCACCAUACCUUCCACCAUCAUGAGCCCACCCCUCAACCCCGCCAUGCUUGUCGCCGGCGGCAACGCUUCAUGCCCGCCUCUGUCGUCGACCAGUAGCUACGCCCUGUUCAAGAUCCCGUUGGACGGCUGUGGCGCCCACAAAUUCGAAGUGGGCCAGACGGUGAUCUACAUGGUUGAGAUUCUCAACACGAUCCAGACGGUCUCGCUCAACUACGGCACCAUCACACGGGAGUCACCUGUGAGGGUCCUGGUGGAGUGCAGGUUCCUGCCUGGCUCGGUGGUGAGUGUGGGCUACCUGGUGAAGAAGCCAUCGCUCGGCCCCUCCAUCCAUGCACAGGGGGUCUUUGGAGUCCAGCUCAGGAUCGCCAAAGACCCAGUCUACUCCUCCUACCACCCGCAGUACCACCUCCCCCUGCACCUCCUGUUGGGGAGGCCCCUGUACUUGGAGGUGCGACUCCUCAACCCCCCCGACCCCACCGUGGUGCUGCUGGUCCACUACUGCGUGGCCUACCCGCGAUCCGCACAGGCGGCAUGGGUCCUCAUCUAUGACGGGUGCCCUAACUCGCUGGACCCCGCGCCUGCCAUCACCCCGACCCCUCCCCGUCCCGACGUCCCCCAUCAGAUGCGCCGGUUCACAGUCUCCGCCUUCCAGUUCCUGACCGAUGGAGGCACCUCCAUCAAGGGAGACGCUUCCAUCAAGGGAGACGCUUCCAUCAAGGGAGACGCUUCCAUCAAGGGAGACGCGUCUGACUCUCCCGACUCCUCCCCUUCAGACGAAGAGAUCUACUUCAUGUGCUCUACAGAGAUCUGCUCUCCUUCAGAUGGCCCAUGUGUGGAAGGUUGCUUCGGUGCUGACUCGUCUAAAGACCAUUCUAAAGGGCAGCAGCGGCUGGACUGGACAGGCUCUCAUUAGGCCACAAGGACUCUCUGAUUGGACAAGACCGGACUCGCACUGCCCCACAUUUACUAAUAAACUUUUCUCUGAAGAGGA